AUGCAGUGUUACUUUGGUAUUGAUGGUAUUCCCGGUCAUUGUACCAACAAGACAUGUUCCAUUCGACAGGAUAUCCCGCAAUACUAUUAUAACACACCUCGAUGGAGUAUGGGAGAUCAAUGGCAAGCAGCUGUCAUGGCUGUGCUCAUCACAGGUGGUGUCGCCAUCUUUUUACUUGUCGGUCGAGCUCAACUCAAGAAACUGAUCACCAACAUCAAAACCUUGUUAGAAAGAUGGCAGAAUUCAGAUGAUUCAGGCAGUCAAGUGCCGUUUAUCAUAGAAAAUGAACAAGUAUGGAACGAACAUCACAAACAAUGGUGGAAACAAGUGCCUGGUGUGCAUUGGGUCUAUACUAAACUAAAGAAGCGCCAUCAUGAUCAUGAUUAUGAAUUGGAACAGCGUACAGAAGAACCCCCUCCAUACAGAGAAAAUUAA